CAUUUUCUCCUUAUCUGCCGAUUUCUUAUACCUCCUCAUUUAUAACCCAAACCCUUUUUUUUCCUUCUCCAUCUCCCGAUUUCCUCUGUUCCAGACCAUUUACCGUUGCUUCCAUCUCCUUCUUUCAAUCUCUUUUCUUCUUCAUUCUCAUCCAAAAAGUACUUCUGCUUUGCUUAUCCUGAUCUUGCUGCUGUAUUGAAGCCUAAUUUCUGACAUCAAUCCUAGAUCUAGUGGUGUGCUCAGACCCAAUCGGUAAAAACAUGACAAAGAAAAUGGCAUUGGGAAUUCAAAUCUUGAUUUUGUCUACCCUAUUUACUCUUCUUUUAGUGUGUUCAGCUCGAAACACCCCUCAUAUCUUCUCAGUUUAUAUAGGUCCAAGAGCUCCCCCGCAGCACCAUGGUGACUUGAAGGUUGCCCCGCCGCAGCAAGAUCACGACUUGAAGGUUAACCCUGAAUUUCAUUCAGAUUAUAUAGGUCCAAGACAUCCCCGGCCGAGCCAUGGUAAGGUUCCCCCGGCGCACCAAGAUCACGACUUCAAGGUUAACCCUGAAUUUCAUUCAGAUUAUAGAGGUCCAAGACAUCCCCCGCCGAGCCAGGAAUUUAAUUGAGAAUAUUCACCACUAAGAGCUUACCUGCCGCAGAAUGUGAUUGAAAUAAGUGUAUUUUAAUUUACACUGUUUGCAAUAAAUAAAAUAAAAAUAAAUUUGAAAUACAUUU